AUGGCCACCUGGCUGUGCCAGGGGUGGCUCCUCUCCCUGCUCAUGGAGGUCCUGCUCAGCCUCCUGAGCCCAGCUUCAUCCUCCGAGACCGUGACGUCUGAAGACGCUGCGCUGCUGGAGGGGGUGCCUGAGGACAUCCUCUGCUUCUCCCGCUCCUUUGAGGACCUCACAUGCUUCUGGGAUGAAGAGGASGAGGAGGAGGCCAACGGCGGGAAGUGCCGCUUCUACUACUGGUACAGCAGGGAGGAGCCCAAGGCGUGCGCCGUCUCCACACAGAGCCGUGAGGCCGGCGGGACACGGCACGUGUGCGUGUUCCCCAGCCAGGACGUGCGGCUCUUCAGCCAGCUCUCCAUCCUCGUCGUGAACAGCACCAGCAACCAGACCAAGCACUCGCGGGAGCUCAGCGUGGAGGCUGUGGGUCUCAUUGCCCCACCAGCCAACAUCACGGCCACCUGGACCGGGGCCGCGGGGCAGCUGUGGGUCACCUGGCAGCCCCCACUUGCUGACUACSUGAACUUCUUCCUCUACGAGGUCCGUUACUGCGCGGAGGGCUCUGCGGAGGUGCCCUGCAGCCUGACGCUGGAGCCCAGCAGGCGGCCAGUCCUGCAGGCCAGCGGCACCCAGGCACCCUGGCACUCUGUAGGAGCUGCAGUCUCGGCAGGACCUGGGCAAGAGCUGGUGCAGACCGACAGCUGGCUACUGCUUCAGGACCUGCGGCCUGGCCUCAGGUACCACAUCCAGGUGCGCAGCAAGCCCGACGGCCUCUCCAUGGACGGCGUGUGGGGGCCCUGGUCCCAGGCAGUGGUUGCAGAGACACCCCAUUCCUCUGGAGACAUCGGCCUGCUCUGCACCACCCCCGACCUGCAGCGCGUGCACUGCGAGUGGAGCUGGGACCCCACUGACGCCGGCAGCUCCCACACACUCUUCUACCGGGCACCCCCGAGCAGGGCUGGCACAAGGGACAACGUGUGGCAGCGGUGCGAGGCAGCCAGCGUGGACGCCCACGGCACCCACACCUGCACCUUUCAGCCCCUGACUGGCAGAGCCAUCGCCGUCCUGGUGAACGUCACCGGGCCCCGUGCGCAGCCCACGCGCAGCUACUUCAAGGAACCCUUCUGGUUGCACCAGGCUGUGCUCACAGACCCGCCGCAGCUCCUGCAGGCCACGGUGGUGCAGGGCAGGCUCAGCCUGCAGUGGGUGCCACCCCUGGAGGAGCUGGCGGAGCAGCUGGUCUAUCAGCUCCGCUACUCCGUGGAGAACAGCCACGAGUGGAAGGUCUUGCAAGUCCCACGGGCAGCCAGGAAGGAGGUCCUGGACCUGCGCCCUGGCGCCCGCUACCUGGCCCAGGUGCGAGCCCAGCCUGGUGGGCCGUGGUACCAGGGCAACUGGAGCGCCUGGUCCAAACCUGUGGUGGUUGAUGCCAUGGCUGAUGCGGACUGGAUCAUCCCAAGCGUUGCAGUGGUGCCRCUGCUCUUCACGGGAAUGCUCCUGGGGCUGAGGUGCACCUUCCCCUCACUGUACAGCAAUGUGAAGGAGAAGCUCUGGCCACCUGUCCCAGACCUGCACCGUGCGCUGGGCAACUUCCUCAACGAGAGCAGCAAGCACAGCCAGGCCAAUGCCUUCUACAAGCAGCCCUCGGAGGACGCCGUGCAGCCCUGCCUGCUGGAGGUGCUGCCAGGCUGCCGGCGGGGCCCGCCGUGGGGCUCUGCAGAGCGCCCCGCGCCCACCACGGACAUCGCCAACCAGUCCUAUCUCCUCAUGAGCGGCUGGGAGCCGCGGGGGCCGCCCUGA